GUCAGUUUACGAACGCGAACUAAGGCCGGCGCAGCGAUUGCCGCGAAUGGCAAAGUAUUCCAAAUGAAUAAUAUAUUUAAAAAAAUUUAAAUAAAAAAAAAAAUUUUUUUAACAAAUAUUUGCAACAACUAUUUCAAUAAUAUAUAUUGUAAUAUACAAAAAUUGUUGCUUGAAAGGAGUAACCGACGAAACAUGAAAAAGUUAACGAUUUUUAAAACUCAACAGAUUCAUUCGUGAAUGAGCGCAAAAAGCUGAACGCUGUGAGCUGUUUCACCGUUUUUGUUUGACAAAACAAAAAAAUAAAAAUAAAAACAAUUAAAUCAGGCGAAAGUGAGUUAAUACUUGGUUUUACAAUUUAAUUGUCAAAACAUCACCAAUUAUCUCAAACGGUUACAUCAGCAGUUGUAUGGAAAAAUAUAGAAUUUUUAACCAAAAAUUGUGCAUACGUUUGGAAGAUUUAAUACAUACUUUCGAUUAAAAAAUGGGUUUAGCCAAGGCAACAUCGAAGCAUUUGUUGUUGCUUUUGAAUUUUAUAUUUACGCUACUCGGCAUUGUUCUGAUAGCUUUUGGUAUUUUCGUGUUGGUCAGUGCUGCCAACAACAACGUCGAUCAUGGAGAAACUUUAGCCGGUGCACUCAUCAUUGCUUUGGGUGUUGUUAUUGUGGUGAUUGCGAUAUUCGGUUGCUUGGCGGCAAUACACGAGUCCCGAACAAAAUUAAUAGCAUACAUCAUCAGCUUGGUCGUGCUGAUACUGUUGCAAUUAAUAUUGGCUGCGAUGGCGUCUCAGGGAACCAAGGAUGGACUUUCGGGCAGCGUACAUGAUGGUUUCGAGCAGCUGUGGGAGGACGAAGUGAAGGCACCGGGCGCUUUGGCCUACUACGAGGAUUGGCUGCACUGUUGUGGUGUCAAUAGCACCGAUGACUAUCAUCACAUACAACACGACAUACCACGUACGUGUUGCAAGGACCAUAAUUGCCAAAUAGUGGACAACAUUUACACGGAGGGUUGUCAGGCGAAAUUCGAGGCAUACCUUUCGGGGAAGAUGCUUAUGUUCGGCGUAGUUAGUUGGAUUUUGAUUAUUGGCGAGAUUAUUGGCGCCGUUUUAGCAUGGAUGCUAUACAGUAGUGUGAAAAACGAAAGCAGACGUAAUUUGCGUUGGAUGUAGUAGUAGUAAUGUUAUGUUCUUUUUUAUUGUAGCGAAUUUGUUUUUUUUUUCUUGUUUUUAUGAAACGACAAAUACUUGAUUGCUAAAAAGAAUUGUGUUAUUGUGGUGCUGAAAAGUUUGUUCUCUAAUCGUGAUUAUUUGCAUAACGACUGUACCAUAAACUGUACAUAAUAUUUUUAUUAUUGUUCAAAGUAAGUAAAAUGCAAUAUUAAUACAAAACCUAACUAGUCAAAAUGAAAAAUAAACAAACGAUUCAGUAUGAUUUAUAUUAA